AGUGUUUUUGGUAAUAUUUUAAGGGUUAUGGUGAACUUUUAAAGCAAAAAGAGAAAAAUGUUGAUCACUGAAUUUGAAAACUAUAUGCUUGAUUUUUUUUUUUCCCUGCAAUAACAACACUUCCAGUCCAGUUUCUUUUAGAUGAUAGUUAAUAUCAGUGAUUACUGUUUGUAGUGGAAGGGAUAUGGCAAACAUUAUGGAUCACGGUUAUUGGGUAUCAGAGGUUGCAGUGUCUUCCUGUCAUCAGUCACAUGGUCUGACCAGUGAUAGGAAAAACAUAUGUUCUGAUUAGUAAAAUAAUUCUAAAUGCAAAGCUCUUAAGGGCAGAUUUUGUGGUGCCUCCCCACCUAUAACCCAUCACCACCAAGUUGUUGCUGACUCAUACCGACCCUAUAGGACAGAAUAGAACUGCCCUAUAGAGUUUCCAAGGCUGAAAUCUUGAUGGAAGCAGACUGCCACAUCUUUGUCCCAAGGAGUGGCUGGUAGGUUUGAACUGCCGAUCUUUUGGUUAGCAGAAGUGUGCUUUAACUGCUGCACCACAAGGGCUCCUGCUGGUGCCUCAAGUAAGCAAAAAAAGAAUUUAUUUCCAUGUUUAUUUCAGAUGGCUUGUGGGGAAUUUCAGUAGAGAUGUCAGUAUUGGGGCAGAGAUGUCCUAUAGGUGAUUGUGCUGGAGGGCCUUAAGUCUGCUUGUCUGGCGUAACAUUUCCAGCAGGUGUGUGAGAAGUGGCAUAAUGCUGGGAAAGAGCAAAAUAAUGUUGAUUAAAUGAUGUUUAACCUCUUGAACUUUUGUCCUGUGCUAGAACGUAAUGGGAAGAUGACAUCAUCUCUUCCUUUAAGGAAUUCAUAAGUUUGUAGGAGAAGCACACAUGAAAACAAAAAAGUGAUACCAUAAUGAUUUAGGUAGUAGAAACAAUGUGUGUAGAGUCCAUAGGUGGUGCAGGUGGUUAGUGCGUUUGGCUGCUAACCAAAGGAUUGGAGGUUCCAGUCCACUCAGGCACUUUAGAAGAAAGGCCUGGCAAUCUACUUCUGAAGACUCAGCCAUUGGAAACCCUAUUGAGCAUGGUUCUGCUCUGACACACGUGGGAUCGCCAUGGGUCGGAAUCGACUUGACAGCUACUAGUUGUAUAAUAUGCUACAAGAGUCUAGGGGAUCAACCAGUUUUUAACUUACAGGGUGUUAAGCAGGGGUACAGCAUGGUCAGAAUUCUUGUUGAACCACGUGAAAGCUGGGUCAGAAAGGGGAGAAGAGGUGAUAGGCAGCUGAGUCUAGUAAUCUAGGCAAGAGAAAAUGGCUGCUUGAUGGUAGGGCUAGAAACAUCGUAGACUGGACAGAGAAUCAGCAGGAAUCUCGGCAAAAUAUAGAACGUAAAGGAAAGGAAAGAGCCCGAGAGCGCUUGGUGAUAGACUUUCAGCUUUUGUGUCUGAGUUUAAAAGUAGAUACUGUUAAAUGAAAUUGGAGUAUAGGAAGAAGAGUAGGUGUGUUAUGAUGGGAAAAUAAUGAGUUCAGCUUUGGACAUUUUUAAUAUAAGGUGCCAGGAGAUCCCAUGACUGGAGGUAUAGACCUGGGACUCAGAAAUCUGGUUGGAAAUCCAAAUCUAUAUUCACAAACUCAAAGCCGUUAAACAAUUUAUCCAAGGCUCCUCAGCUAAUAGGUGGCAAAGCCAGGUCUUGAGCACAGAUCUGUCAGAAUUCCAAAGCAUGGGAAAAGCACCAUGCUAAACUGCUUCGCCGUAAUAUUAGCUAUGUGUUUAUUGAGUCAUCACAAUAUGCCAGGCAUUGUGCUAAGUCACAAACAUUACCUUAUUUGGAAAAGGUAGUUUUAGAGAAGAGUUACCUGCUAGAGAAAUUUUUUGGUACCAAUAAAAGUCGAAAAGAGAUAUUUUCUAGAACUUUUGUUUAUAUAUGUAAAGAUAUUAUCAUUAUUUAUAUUCUUCUCCCAACCUCUGUUUUCUGUAAGAUUUACAGUUUUCCCUGCCAAGUUUGCACCAGUGCCACAGUACCUUUGAAAAAUCAUAUCCAGGCAGAGGGUGACUGGUUAGAGGCUGAGGCUUGAGGACGUUCAGAGGAAGGACCCAUUGAUUUGGUUCAUAUGAGUACUAGGUGCAGAGUUUAUGCUAGAUUUGAGACACGCCUUUCAAGUUCUGUGUUCUCCAAGUGGUAGAAUUAGGGAGGGUGGCAUAAAAGAGGACACAUUAAAGCUGAUCUUCAAAACCUGAUGUAGAAAAAGAAGACAUCAGGCUGAAAGAACACCAUGAGCAAGAGGCAAAGGUGUUUGAAGCUCCUGGUGUACUUGAGGAAUGCAGUAGUAGGCUGUUGUGGCUGGUGUAGAGCUUGACUGAAAGAAGUGGAGGGAGAGGAAGGUUAAAGACCUUUGUGGGGCCAUAUUUAUUUGAAUGCUACUGUAUAUCCGGAAACCCUGGUGGUCUAGUGGUUAAGAGCUAUAGCUGCUAACCAAAAAGUUGGCAGUUCAGAUCCACCAGGCGCUCCUUGGAAACUACGCGGGCAGUUCUCUGUCCUAUAGGGUCAUUAUGAGUCAGAAUCGACUUGACGGCAGUGGGUUUGGUUUUGGUUUGAUUUAUUCUAUAUCCAUCCCUACACAUCUGGAUAAUAGCUGCUAAGGUUUUUUCUAAAUUGAAACACAGGUUUUAUUAAAUGGUGGUGGUGGUUGUUGCCAGUUGUCUUCGAAUCAGCUCUGGUUCAUGGCGACCUUAUGUAUGACAGAGUGAGGCGUUGUGUGGUUUGUGCCAUCUUCGUGAUCGUUGGUCUCUUUGGGUUCAUCGUACAUCUGGUGUGUCAGUCUACCUCACUGAGAAUUUCUCUAGUUUUUGCUGAGUUUAAGGGGCAUGAUUUAAUGCGUGGGGGUCCCUGGGUGGUACAGAUGGUUAAGAGCUUGACUGCUAGCCAAAAGGCUGGAGGUUGGAACCCACUCAGGCGCCUUGGAAGACAAGCCUACCGAUCUGCUUCUGAAAGGUCAUAGCCUUGAAAACCCUGUGGAGCACACUUCUACUCUGUGGCAACUAACAACAGCAGUAACUUCCUGUGUGUAGGUUAUAAACAAAACUGAAUUUCAAGAGUACUCUAUGAGAUGACUAUACUCAGAGGACGUGAGUCAGCAAGCAAAAGAAAGACUGAACAAAACAGGAAAUCCACAAAGAUAACCUUGGAAGCGCUGGAUGCAGCAAAAUAAGAACAAUGGAUCUCAAGUUCAACAACUCCAGGAAAUAUAUUUCUAUCACCGUCCCUUCAAAAACCCAAGCAAUGUCACCACACAUCAAGUCAAUAGAUGACAUCGUGGUCCUUGGCAUCAAUCUCAGCAGAUUUAACAAACUUACUCAGUUUUUCAUUUGUGUUGCUGGGGUUUUUGUAUUUUACCUGAUUUAUGGAUAUUUACAGGAAUUAAUAUUUUCAGUGGAGGGUUUCAAGUCCUAUGGCUGGUACCUUACAUUAGUGCAGUUUGGGUUUUACUCCACAUUUGGCCUAAUAGAACUUCAGCUUAUUCAGGACAAAAGGAGAAGAAUACCGGGAAAAACCUACAUGACAAUAGCUUUUCUAACAGUGGGUACCAUGGGGUUGUCAAACACUUCCUUGGGCUACCUGAAUUACCCCACCCAGGUCAUCUUCAAGUGCUGCAAACUGAUUCCUGUUAUGCUAGGAGGAGUUUUUAUUCAAGGAAAGCGAUACAACGUUGCAGAUGUGUCCGCCGCAGUAUGUAUGAGCCUUGGACUGAUAUGGUUUACUCUGGCUGACAGCACAAUUGCGCCGAAUUUCAACCUGACAGGCGUGAUCCUUAUUUCCCUGGCACUAUGUGCAGAUGCUGUCAUUGGAAACGUCCAAGAGAAAGCUAUGAAACUGCAUAAUGCUUCUAAUUCAGAAAUGGUUCUGUAUUCGUAUUCCAUAGGGUUUGUGUAUAUUUUACUGGGAUUGACAUGCACUAGUGGAUUACGCCCGGCAGUGACGUUUUGUUCAAAGAAUCCGGUUCGGACCUACGGUUACGCUUUCCUUUUCUCCCUCACUGGGUAUUUUGGAAUCUCCUUUGUUCUAGCUUUGAUUAAAAUUUUUGGUGCACUUCUUGCUGUAACAGUGACAACAGGAAGAAAAGCAAUGACCAUUGUACUUUCAUUUAUGUUCUUUACUAAACCGUUCACAUUUCAGUAUGUAUGGUCUGGUUUGUUAGUUGUCCUUGGCAUAUUCCUCAACGUUUACAGUAAAAAUAUGGACAAAAUAAGACUACCAUCACUACAAGGUCUGAUAAACAAGUCAGUGGAUGAGAGAAAGUCAAGGACGUUGGCACAAACUGUGUAGGCAGUGAUUCAUACUGUUCAAAAUGGAAUCUUGUGGGAAUAACCAAUUAAUUAACUCUACAAAGGGAUUUUUAGAAAAACCAAAGGAUCUGAAGGCAUGCUGUCCAUUUGUGGAUGGAUUACAUAUGAUGAAGUGGUUUUGGGAUGUCAGCCUUUUCUUUUGAACACUGGGACUGACCUCUGAAGCAAUUAAGAGAGCCAGUGUCUAACACACCUUAAGAAUAAAAUGUUAAUGUGAAGGACUGAAAUUCUUAGCAGUUCAAUGAGCAUUUUCUUUGGACAUGGACCAUGUUGCAA